UUUAGUGUAAAUAACCAUUUCAGCGUGAUGUAUCUCAGUGGUUUGUAGUAAAGAUUAGACGCGUCAUGUCUCUACUACAGUGGGUGACCAGGCGAGAUCGCGCAGUACUGCAUGAACUCGCUUUAAACUGAGACCUGCGAUGAGUAUCGGAUCUUUGAGUCUCAGUAUCAUGAAGUACGACGUGCCUGAGUAAUGCAUGAAUUAAUGUGAGACCAAAGUCUGCUGUUAAAGAGCUGACAGCAAGCGAUGCAUGCCGUAGGAAGCAUGUGUAGUCCCUUAAGCAGUAGGCAGCCGCUCACAGGUCCUGGUCUCACAGAUCUACAGCAGUACAAUCAAUGGCUGGCCAGUCGACACGAGGCCAGUCUAUUGCCCAUGAAGGAAGAUCUGGCCCUUUGGCUCUCCAGCAUGUUGGGUGUGGAAAUUACUGCAGAAAGCUUCAUUGACAGGUUAGACAACGGCUUCCUGCUUUGUCGGCUGGCUGAGACCCUGCAGGAGAAGUUCAGGCAAAAUAGCACAGACUUGAUUUCAUCAGGAAAGAUAAUCCCCAGUCGCAGGAUUCCCUGCCGAGCCAGCGCCCCAUCUGGCUCCUUUUUUGCCAGGGACAACACAGCCAACUUUCUGUCAUGGUGUCGAGAGGUGGGCGUAGGCGACACCUGCCUGUUUGAAUCAGAUGGGCUGGUUUUACACAAGCAGCCACGAGAGGUUUGUCUAUGUCUACUGGAGCUGGGAAGAAUAGCAUCUAGAUAUAAGGUGGAGCCACCUGGACUUAUCAAGCUGGAGAAAGAGAUCGAACAGGAGGAGAAGGCACCUGAACCUCCACCCUCUCCUGUAUCUCCCACCUCCAGUUCUCCAUCCAUGUCUCCGUUCAGCUCUCCGUUAAGCAAGACUAACUCUAGCAGGAAGAGCACCGGAAAACUUUUGGAUGAUGCCGUGAAGCACAUUUCUGAAGACCCGCCUUGUAAGUGUCCAAAUAAGUUCUGUGUAGAAAGACAAUCGCAGGGGCGCUACCGUGUCGGGGAGAAAGUGCUUUUUAUCAGGAUGUUGCAUAAUAAGCAUGUGAUGGUGCGUGUUGGUGGAGGCUGGGAGACAUUCGAGAGCUACCUGCUGAAGCACGACCCAUGUCGCAUGCUCCAGAUCUCACGCGUGGAAGGGAAGAUAUCGCCCAUUACGGGAAAAUCUCCCAGCAUCCAAGAGCUCACGCCUGACAGCUACCUGGUGGUGGCGGCCCACUACAAAAGCAAAAAGUAAAGGGACAUCCUUUAGUGACUGAGAAACAGAGACUUUAAUGUGUCAUGUUACUUUAAUGCUCGCUGGCUACACUCUCGGAAAAAAGGUAUAAAAGUUGUCACUGGGAUGUUUACUUUGAGGUACUAGUUUGUACCUUUUAGGUACAAAUGUGUAGGGGUGAGCGGGGCACAAACUAACACGGCUUGUAACACGGCUACUUUACAUAUUUCUACAGGGCCGAGCAAUCUGUGCUUUUUGUGUUUUUCUCUUACUGUCAGAAGAUUUCCUGUGAAUUUAUGAAAAGUUUUGAUGUGUUUUCAUUAAGAUUUUGAACAAGGAGUGUUUUGGAGGAAUAAAAUGUAAAUUACUUCAUCUUAAGUUAUUUUUAUUUUCUUAUUUCCAGUCUUAUAUUAUUUUAAUCACUGUCUUGUUACCUAAAACAUAACAGCAUUUUGAAACAUGUCAGCAACCUAACCUAUAUGGCUCAUAAUGAUAGGAUAGCAUCUUGCAGUUGAUUUGUGGGAUGCACAUCCAGGGCACGAAGCUCCCAUUCCACCACAUCCCAAAUAUGCUCUAUUGGGUUGAGAUCUGGUGACUGUGGGGGCCAUUUUAGUACAGUGAACUCAUUGUCAUGUUCAAGAAACCAAUUUGAAAUGAUUCGAGCUUUGUGACAUGCUGGAAGUAGCCAUCAGAGGAUCUGUACAUGGUGGUCAUAAAGGGAUGGACAUGGUCAGAAACAAUGCUCAGGUAGGCCGUGGGAUUUAAAUGA